AUGCGCUUCUUCGCUGUUCUCGCUUUCGUCGCCGCCGCGUCCGCCGUCUCCAUGCGCGCGCCCCUCACUCGUCGUCAGAGCUUCCCUGCUAAUGUUGGCGCAGACUGCUCCACCGCCUGCCUCACGGGCGCCGACUUUGGGACCUGUGACCCUCUCGACGAUGGCUGUCUCUGCAACAGCUCGUCCUUCGUCAACUCUGUCACCACCUGCAUCGAGACCGCGUGCACCGGCAGUGACCUUGAGAACGCCGAGGCCGCCGCCCGCCAGCUUUGCCUCGCUGUCGUACGUCUCUUCGUUCGGGGUGACCCUCACCUCUUCGUCCUCGACGGCCUCCUCGGCCACCUCGACGGCCACCUCGCCGGCCGGUUCGACUACGAAAUCCUCGAGCGGUUCGACCACCGGGUCCGUCACCUCGACCUCGAGUUCGACCUCGAGUUCGGGGACCCCGACGCCUACCAACAACGCUGCCGCCGUCGGGGUUGCCGCCAUCGCGUUCUAGACUGCCUUUCCGAUGGCCGCCCGCGGUUCCCAAGUCAUAGACGUCUCGCACGCGCGCCCGGUGCAAGCGUCGGGCCGCCCCCACGUUCCCUCCGAACCCUGGCUCACGCUAAACUUAUACCAUACCUACUUAACAUGGCCCCCGUCACCCGCAUCAUGUCCCGCUUCGCAUUCGCAUUCGCACCAUCCGCAGAUAUCCCCAUCGUACAGUACUCGAAUGUCCGUCUCAUUUGUUUUCUGGGUGUUGGCUCCAAUGCAAUAGGUUUCGUUCUGGCUCAGAUGUGCACAUGCAUGGCUUGUCAACGUGUUGGAGACCGCGCUGUUUGGUUGUUGACCGAAAAGUCCAAGGUUUGUUCCUGCCCCCUGCGACGACAUAUUGCACCGCUGUCCGGUGAGCCUGGGCCUGAAGCUUUGAAGCGUGGUCGAACCGCUCAGUCCAUACAGACUCCAGAGGCUAGAUCACGCGAAGACUUUAUGCAGCCGGACAACUCGCACAUCAGAAUCAGCUCAUCCUAUGGUGGGGCCUGGACCCUGGUGGGGCGCGAUGGCGUUACAACUUACGACUUCUGCCCGGAGCUUCAGAGAGCUUCAGCUGUUGCGACGCGCGACGCGGAUCGAGCGGCUUCUCGGGACGUACAGCUUCUUCAGGCUUCCUUGUCGACCAUACAGUUCGAGGGCAUCACCUCAAGCGCCGUGCAGAGAUUAAGCAAGCACUCGCGCACACGCAUCAACUUGCGUAUCUCAGGCUCAUGGGAUCUCGAGCGUGUCGCCAUAGACACGUACGCUCCCCUGUCCACAUCGUCCACUUGGAUUCUUGCAGCUAGCUGCUGGAGCGCUCCUUCUCGUGGGCUACCUCCGCGAUUGGCGGGCCCCGGGCCCGCCCGCGUGCUCGCAGUGUGGACAUCAGGUUCCUCCAGGUCUCGGGCCACCCUACAGACGAUGCGCGGCAAUUAUGGUUGCGCUUUAAAGUGGGCUCUGACGCUGACGCAGAGGAUGACUCCGCGACCAUGCAUUGUACCCGGAUCCGUUCGCAUCCUGUCGAUGCGCUUCGCCUGCGGCGGGCUCAUAGAUAGCUCCAUAUCGAAUCCAGUCCAGAGCACAACGAACUCGAACUCUAACGAGGAGUCCUGCCGCGCUGCGGGUGCUCGGGUGAUGUACACGGAGCUUUAUGGCUUCUCCCGCUGCUUCUCGAUACAGACGUGGGAACUUCAAGCGCCUGCUGGUCCUAGUAGUAACGACACAGAGAUGUCAAACCAACCUCGCAUCCCUGCAGUGGCGAUGGUCAAGCCAAAUACCAUUAGGCUCCAUUCGCAUCGCGUAGCACCCGCGGAUUCUCAUUUCAGCGCUCACCAUGGAUAUAUUCAAACCAAAGUUCAAACUCACUAUGCUGUGGAAACGGCUGCAGGACAGGAGGAAGCACGGAUGAACAGAUUGGCUGGACGGCCAAGCCUAGACUUGCCUUCCGCCAUGGCUACUGCCGCCACGAUCUCGAUCCCGACGUGGGCCCUCAUCUUUGCGAGCAUCGCAUCCACUCUGUACCUUCGCGCCGCGUCACGAUGGCGAACUCGUACUCGUGGGCUCCCGUCUCCUCCCGGGCCCAGGGGACUUCCGUUCAUCGGUAACAUGCUUGAAUUUCCGAGGGCGAGGCUACACUUCAAGUUUAAUGAACUCAGUGCUGUUUACGGGGACGUGGUGUAUUUCUCGGGUCUCGGACAGUCCAUCCUCGUCCUCGGAAGUUUAGCCUCCGCCUCCGACUAUUUGAACAAGCACUCGGUGAAUACCUCGUCUCGACCCCAGACGCCGAUGACAGAGCUGGCAGGACAGAGCUCCAAUUUCGGGCUGUUGCCGUACGGCCCUGAAUGGCGGUCCUACAUGCGCGCAAUUGGAAAUCACUUCAAUCGCGAGGCAUGCCUCGCGUACCGCGAUUGCCAGCGCAGUCUCGCGCAUAUUUUCCUUGACAGACUCCUUCAUGAGCGGUCUGAGCUCAAGGAGCACAUCCGCUUGCGAGUCAUAUCUAUUCUUGCUCCGCCUAUUCCUCCACUGACUCGACUUCGCAUUGUCCCUGCAGCAACUUCGCGGGGUCAUUCUGAAGAUUCUUUAUGGCAUCAACGUUGCGGAGGACGGCGACGAGUAUGUGGCGUCGCCGAGGGGGCCACAAGCGCGAUCAACGAGGCUAUCGCGCCCGGCAAGUGGGUCGUCGAGUUUCUCCCUUGGCUCCAGUAUCUUCCGGCGUGGGUUCCCGGCAUGCGAGCACAGAAAGAUCGUUGGGCGAAGUGGCAAGUGGACAGCGCCCAUGCGCGUGACUUUCCGUACGCGUUUUCCGUGGAGCGACUUGACGAAGAAGACGUCCAGCGUUCAAUAAUCGGCAGGCUUAUCGCCGAGCGCGAGCGCGCCGUUUCAGAGCAUGAUGAGCUCCCCGGAGCACGACUGGUCUCUCAAAACCAAGAUCUGCCAAAGAAUUUGGCUGCGGUGGUUUUUGAAGCGGGAUCAGACACAAGCUACUCCAUGGUGCAAUCCCUCUUCUUGGCCCUCUCGCUGUACCCCGAGGUAGUUUCCAAGGCCCACACGGAACUUGACGCUGUCGUGGGCAGUGGACGUCUCCCCAACUUCAACGACGAAGCCUCCCUCGUGUACGUGCAAGCGAUCCUCAUGGAACUUCUCCGAUGGCACGCCGGCGUACCGCUUGGGAUCGCGCAUGCGACAACUGCAGACGAGGAAUGGCGUGGGUGGUUCAUUCCGGCGGGCACAGUCAUCCUGCCCAAUCAGUGGGCGAUGUCGCUGGACUCGUCGGUGUACGCGGACCCGUCGUCUUUCCGACCAGAACGCUUCAUCACAGACGGGCACAUCGACAAGUCUGUCUUGGAUCCUCUUAACUUCGUAUUUGGGUUUGGAAGAAGGAGUUGUCCAGGGAAGUACAUGGCGCUCAAUGGCCUCUUCAUCAACAUCGCUUCGAUCCUCCACGUGCUUGAUAUCACACCACCCCUAGAUGAGCGAGGGGACGUCAUCAAAAUUAAGCCGACGUACACAGAAGGAUUUCUGGCGUACCCUGAGGACAUUCGGUGCACGAUCAAAGUACGGUCGCCAGAGCAUGAGCGACUGAUACAUGAGCAUGCGGAGAUUGCUCGAGCUGCGAGAGGCCUCUGA